AUGCUUGCGCCAAAUCCUUUUUCUCCAACCAGCAAACUAGCAAUUGCCUGUUCUUUCGAAAAUAUGCCCGGCGCAACUUCUCCCCCCGUCGCCGGUGUGAAGAGAAAGAGGGUUGUGGACAAAUCAGAUCGCCGUUCAUCCAAGUCCAAAUCCAAAUCUCGACGGCAACCUUCCAGCGGUGGCGGCGAAAGCGACGAUGAUGGCAGCGAUGAUCCCCAAACUGAAGUCCUACGCCUCGAAGCCGAAGUCCUCGAGUCCCGCAAAAACUACAACAACAUCGCGAAGUUGCUCCAGUUAGCAAAAGACGAUGAUUCCGAAGACGAAAUCGCAAUCCUCGCCGCGGUCGCUCUGUGCCGCAUCUUUACCCGUCUAGUGGUCAGUGGUGAUAUGAACAAGAGCAAGGGAAUGGCACAGCCCGAGGUUUUGGUCGUGAGCUGGCUCAGGGAGAGAUACCGCGAAUACAAGGAUGGCUUGAUAGCCCACUUCUUGAACUGCAAAAACGUUCGCAAGCAGGCCACGGGCCUUACUCUUCUGAUGCGCUCAGUCAAGGAAGAGUCGAAGCAGAGUAAUUACAGCUGGAAACAUACCGUUCUCAAGCAGAUAAUAGAAGCUGUGCUUGUCAGUAAGGAAGAGGGCUUGCGUGAUGAGUUUGCCGAAAAGUACUUUGGCAAGUUCGACGACAUCAGAUACUACACUUUCAAAACUAUUCAGAACCUCCUCGCCUCAGAUGUCGCCCCUACAGAAAAGCAACGAGCUGCAUCACACUCGUUUGCUUUACUCCUUAGCCUGGAAACCGUCCCAACAUCAAAAAACGACAUUCAAAAUUACUACACAGAAUCAGAGGGCAAACCUCCAGUUCCAUCUUUGAGUGUCUACAAAUCCCAAGCCCAAGAAUCCUGGCUGUCAACGCUCCGAGCAGGCAUCACUAAAGAGCAGCGAAAGACUAUGCUUGGCGUACUCUCGCACCAGAUUGCACCUUGGUUCCCACAGCCAGAGAUGCUUAUGGAUUUUCUCACUGAUUCGUACAACGUUGGGGGAGCUACCUCUCUGCUUGCACUCUCUGGCCUCUACUAUUUGAUGGCGGAAAAGAACCUCGAUUAUCCUUCCUUCUAUCAGAAGUUGUACUCGCUACUGGACGAAAGCAUCUUGUACUCGAAACAUAGAUCAAGAUUCUUCCGACUCCUCGAUACCUUCAUGUCUUCAACACAUUUGCCCGCGACUCUGGUUGCCAGUUUUAUCAAGCGUCUUUCGCGUUUAGCACUAUACGCCCCGCCUGCUGGUGUGGUUGUCGUGAUUCCAUGGGUGUACAACAUGUUCCAACGACAUCCCGCAUGUACCUUUAUGAUGCAUCGUGAGGUGCGAGAUCCUGAAUGGAAGCAGGAGCUGGAAGAGGAAGGCAUGGAUGAUCCUUUCGACAUGGAUGAAAAAGACCCUCUUCUUACGAAUGCGAUUGAGAGCAGCGUGUGGGAGCUCGAGACACUGCAACACCACUAUCAUCCUAACGUGGCGACGCUUGCCAAGAUCAUCGCCGAGCAAUUUACCAAGCGCUCAUAUAGUUUGGAAGACUUUUUGGAUCACUCUUACACAGCGCUACUCGAUAUCGAAUUAGACCGAGAUCUCAAGAAGGACCCAGAAGUAGAGUUCGAGAUACCCAAACGCAUAUUCACGGCAGAGGACGGGCUGAAUCCAUUAGGUCAGCUCUUCAAUCAGGUAGUGGAGGCAAGAUAGAUGUUCCCACAGCUAAUGAAAUGCAACGUAUUGGCAUGGUGAUAUUCGAUGGUAUCGUGUGGAUUGGUUGCAUCUUGAAAUUAGUCGAUACCCCGCGUUAUGAUGGUGUAGCAUUUCUUCUGAGAGUGACGCUUCCAUCUUAUCUA